UAACAUAGAACCUGAAGCAAUGAAAUCCAUCUUUCCUCUUCUUGCUGAUGAAAUAACCCAGACUGGAGGCUGAAUCCAGCGGUGAUGAGGUGACUGAACAGAUGCUGCAGCCGUCCCGUCCCGACCCCGCUGGUGUUUCUGCAGACAGGGGGAGGAAAAGGAGGGAGGAGGAGGAGGGGGAGGGAUUCACUGACAUCAGCAUCGCGGCUCCGCGCAGCACCGAGCAGGCUGCCCGUCUGCAGGACCACUCUCCCCCGGAUCUACCUGGAUCUCUGCGGGCUGCAGGCGCGGCUCUGGCGGACGGUGGGCGCACGGCGGCGGCUGAACAGUGCGCAAAGAGCGGCGUCCUUUCAGCGGAGCAGGAAGCUGCAGGAGGAUAGGAGUCCAAAUCCUGCAGUGUGCUGGUUUUCCUCAGGUGUGUGUGGAUGUGUGUGAGUGUGCAUCAUUGAGUGUUUGGGUUAUCCUCUGGAUGUCCUGCUUCAGUCUGCAGUAACACCUCAUCUGAUGGAAACCUUCAGGCCUCCCACUGGAACAGACCAGUCAGACAUGAUGGAAACUUUCCAGCCUAUCUGCAGUAUUCCUCUCAUCUAGAGAAGUUAGAUUUUCUUUCAAUUUGGGAGCAAAGCUUCUACCUCAGGACUGAAUCCUGUUUACCGGCUGGUCCUGCUCAGCCCAGAUCCUAGAAAGGAGCAGCAUUUCCAGGAUCACUUUAGGAACGUCUGACAUUUUUUAUGAAGUUGCUCUUAUCUCAGGGAUAAUCUGUUUCCAGCUGUGCAUGACAUGGCAUCUGAAGGUUUCCGGUACCGCGCACUCUUUGAAUACAGAAAGGAGCACAAGGAUGACCUCAGCCUGCAGCCGGGUGACUUUCUUACCGUCCCCAAAGCCUCAAUAAUAUCUGGAGCUAGACUGGAGUACCAGGAGGGUGAUGAACGGAGCCCCGCAGGCUGGCUGCAUGGCGUCAAUGAAAGGAGUGAGGAGAAGGGAAACUUUCCAGGGACCUUUGUUGAAUACGUUGGGACUGUGAUCCCCUGUCAUCCUGGAGGGAAAAACUGUCCCGGACCUUCCCCACCAACCCCCAUGGACCCGCAGGGUGUCCUGCAGCAUCCUGGAGCAGCUGCAGCUUCAGGUGUUGAGGAGGAACCUCAAUCUUCUGCAGCUCUGGUCGUUCAGAGAAUCUUUGACGCCAUCGAGAAACAUGGUUUGAGCGGCGAGUCUCUGUAUGAAGCUCCUCCAGACACCAGCGUUCCCAAGGAGCUCCGCCAGGCCCUCGACUCAGAUCCGGUCUCCAUGAACUUGGACCAGUACAAUGUGGUUUCUUUGACUGAUGCCCUCAGAGGUUUCCUUCAGGACCUGCCCACUCCCAUCAUCCCUCCUACAGUCUACACUGAUCUCAUCAAUGCCUCACAAGAGAGUGGGACUGUAGAGGAAUGUGGGCAGAAGCUGAAGACCAUCCUUCAGUCUCCAAGUGUCCCUCCGGCCAGCCACCAUCUCCUGAUCCACCUCAGCCAGCAUCUAAACUGGGUCAGCCAGCAACACAGGACAAGCCCCCGUCUGCUGGGACAGGCCUUCGCCAACAUCAUCUUCAAGCACAAUCUGAGUGCUAUUGGAAAUCUGGAGCAUCACAUCAGGAUCUUAGAAGCUCUCAUUGGGUCUGGAGGUGUUGAGAAGCAGUCUGCUCCAGAAGUUGGUGUGGAUGGGUGGAGGCAGGUGGGCUCUCCUCAUCCUCAACAGGACGUGAGGGUGUCUGUGAUGUGGACCCCCAACAAUUUGGUGCUGCUGACCACCUCUACAGCUGAGCUUUUGAUGAGCAGCGGAGCGUGGUUAGGACGGUUCUUCCCGGAGGCGACGAGGAUAUCCUUCGUGUGCCAGGCUCUGGUCAGCAGAGGAGAGGCAGAGGAGAUGGCGUCCUCAGCAGUGUCAUCAUUUCGUCAUGACAGGAGUCAUGAUGCAAUAGGUCGUUUAGGAUUCUUCAGCUCCAUCAUUCACAUCCUCAUCAAUGUUCUUGGAAUGGACCAUAGGAUGUCCAACUGGACCAACUGA